UUGCAACUUGUUCCGUGACCUGCACAAGGCACACAUUAUAGCUGCAUUGCAGUUGCUGCAUGCAAUACUGCAAACCGGACGGCACUGUAAGAAAACCCUCGGGGCGAUUCAACAUGUCCAAACGCUGCAACUCCUGCCCACACACUACAAUGCGCUAUCACCGCCACACAUGAGCUUGCGGCGUGCUAGUGUGACCACAGCAACGCCACGCCCGUGGCGAUAUCGGACUCUCACGCCGGUUCACCAGGGGCUGCAGCAGCGCAGAGCAGCGGGACGGGCGCCACUGCACACGGCCCAGUGCCGUCGGGCGCACCGCCUACAGCGUUGAGACGCAGCGGCUGCUGAAAUGCAUCCUCACACGCCAGGCCAUCAAGACGACGCUCAACUACCUGUCGGAGACCAACGGCGAGCUGCACUACUUCCUACACAACUACUGCACCCGCUUGCAAUGGACCCCGCCGUGGACGCCGAUGACUGGCUGGCGCAGCUGGCGGCCACCCCGUGGACCCAGGUGCAGCCGUACAGGAGUUAGUGUGGCAGUCGGCAGCUGCGCGAGUGUAAGCAGGUAGUUGUACGGCGGCCCGGCUCGGAAGCUACCUGACUGUAGUGACGCACACGGGCAGUUGGCGCUAGUCGACAGGCGCGCGUGUGGGAGCAGGCGGUUGAGCGCGCACGCGUGUGGGAAGCUGCGGCUGGGCACGGUAGAGCACGGCGGAGGCUGGCGGUUGGCGCGGCGCGCGAGUGGGAGUGCAUAGUCGCACGCGUGCCGUUUGGGAAGCCGCGUGUGUGAGCUGCGUGUGAACUCAGAGGGCAUGGGGCGGCCCCUCUUCCAUAAGCUCUUCGGGUGCUGGGACUGUCCCCUCUGUAACAUCCGCAUUCA